CAGUAUGGCUGUUCCAUGGCGGCGAGCACAGGUUACGUGCGGCUGUGGGCCGCUGCGCGGUGCUGGGUGCUGCGACGGCCGCUGCUGGCUGUCACCGGAGGCCGCGUCCCCAGCGCGUCCGGGUCGUGGCUGCGCCGAGGCCCCCGGCGUGUCUGCGACCCGUCGGUUCCCUGGGGGCUUGGUGGCCGCGUCCCCGCGGCCGUGGGCCAGUGGCGGGGGCUGUGGGACGCGGGCAGCCGCGGUGGCAGCGACGAGACCUCCGAGGGCGGUGCGGAGGACGGGGCCUCGUCGGGUAGCGGGGAAGGCCCUGUCGUCACGGCCCUUGCGCCUAUGACCGUGCCGGAUGUGUUUCCGCACCUGCCGCUCAUCGCCAUCACCCGCAACCCGGUGUUCCCGCGCUUUAUCAAGAUCGUGGAGGUUAAAAAUAAAAAACUGGUUGAGCUCCUGAGAAGGAAGGUCCGCCUGGCGCAGCCCUAUGUUGGCGUCUUCCUAAAGAGAGAUGACAACAAUGAGUCCGACGUGGUGGAGAGCCUGGAUGAAAUCUACCAUACAGGAACAUUCGCUCAGAUCCAUGAGAUGCAAGAUCUUGGAGACAAGCUGCGCAUGAUUGUCACAGGCCACAGAAGGAUUCACAUCAGCCGGCAGCUGGAGGUGGAGCCUGAGGGGCUGGAGCCAGAGGCAGAGAACAAACAAAAGCCCAGGAGGAAGCUGAAGCGAGGCAAGAAAGAGGCGGAGGAGGAGCUGGGCACCAGGCUGGAGGCGGGGGCUGUGCCUGCCACUGACACACCCAAAGAGGUGCUCAUGGUGGAGGUGGAGAACGUGGCCCAUGAAGACUUCCAGGUCACAGAGGAAGUGAAAGCCCUGACAGCAGAGAUUGUGAAGACCAUUCGGGACAUCAUCGCCCUGAAUCCUCUGUACAGAGAGUCAGUGCUGCAGAUGAUGCAGGCAGGCCAGCGUGUGGUGGACAACCCCAUCUACCUGAGCGACAUGGGCGCUGCACUCACAGGAGCUGAGUCCCACGAGCUGCAGGAUGUGCUGGAAGAGACCAAUAUCCUUAAGCGGCUCUACAAGGCCCUGUCACUCUUGAAGAAGGAGUUUGAGCUGAGCAAGCUUCAGCAGCGCCUGGGCCGUGAGGUGGAGGAGAAGAUCAAACAGACGCACAGGAAGUACCUGCUGCAGGAGCAGCUGAAGAUCAUCAAGAAAGAGCUGGGGCUGGAGAAGGACGACAAAGACGCUAUUGAGGAGAAGUUCCGGGAGCGCCUUAGGGAGCUGGUGGUCCCCAAGCAUGUGAUGGACGUGGUAGACGAGGAGCUGAGCAAGCUGUCCCUGCUGGACAAUCACUCCUCGGAGUUCAAUGUCACUCGCAACUACCUGGACUGGCUGACAUCUAUCCCGUGGGGCCGGCAGAGUGAUGAAAACCUUGACCUGGCUCGGGCCCAGGCAGUGCUGGAGGAGGACCACUACGGCAUGGAGGACGUCAAGAAGCGAAUCCUGGAGUUCAUUGCUGUCAGCCAGCUCCGAGGCUCCACACAGGGCAAGAUCCUCUGCUUCCAUGGCCCACCGGGUGUAGGCAAAACCAGCAUUGCACGGUCUAUCGCCCGUGCCCUCGGUCGUGAGUACUUCCGGUUCAGUGUUGGCGGCAUGACAGAUGUGGCAGAAAUUAAGGGGCACAGGCGGACCUAUGUGGGGGCCAUGCCUGGGAAGAUAAUCCAGUGUCUCAAGAAGACCAAGACCGAGAACCCACUGGUGCUGAUUGAUGAGGUGGACAAGAUUGGCCGAGGCUACCAAGGGGACCCGUCGUCGGCAUUGCUGGAAUUACUGGACCCCGAGCAGAAUGCUAACUUCCUGGACCACUACCUGGAUGUGCCAGUGGACCUGUCCAAGGUGCUGUUCAUCUGCACAGCCAAUGUCACCGACACCAUCCCAGAGCCCCUGAGGGACCGCAUGGAGAUGAUCAAUGUGUCGGGCUAUGUAGCACAGGAGAAGCUGGCCAUAGCUGAGAGGUACCUGGUGCCACAGGCCCGCACCCUGUGUGGCCUGGACGAGAGCAAGGCCCAGCUGUCAGCAGCAGUGCUCACCCUGCUCAUCAAACAGUACUGUAGGGAGAGCGGCGUGCGCAACCUGCAGAAGCAAGUGGAGAAGGUGCUGCGCAAGGCAGCCUACAAGAUCGUGAGUGGGGAGACAGACUCGGUGCAGGUGACACCGGAGAACCUGCAGGACUUUGUGGGGAAGCCAGUGUUCACCGUGGAGCGCAUGUACGAAGUCACGCCUGCUGGUGUGGUCAUGGGCUUGGCCUGGACUCCCAUGGGAGGCUCCACGUUGUUUGUGGAGACAUCUUUGAGGAGGCCCCUGACCAGGAGCAGUAAGGAUGACAAGGAAGGCAGCCUCGAGGUGACCGGCCAGCUGGGGGAUGUAAUGAAGGAGAGUGCACGCAUCGCCUACACCUUUGCCCGCGCCUUCCUGAUGGAGCAGGACCCUGACAAUGACUUCCUGGUCACCUCACACAUCCACCUGCAUGUGCCUGAGGGCGCCACCCCCAAGGAUGGCCCCAGCGCAGGCUGCACCAUUGUCACAGCGCUGCUGUCCCUGGCGCUGGGGCAACCAGUGCUGCAGAACUUGGCCAUGACAGGGGAGGUCUCCCUCACGGGCAAAAUACUGCCUGUGGGUGGCAUCAAGGAGAAGACCAUCGCGGCCAAGCGCGCAGGUGUAACCUGCAUCAUUCUGCCUGCUGAGAACAAAAAGGACUUCUCGGACCUGGCGCCCUUCAUCACGGAAGGCCUGGAAGUGCAUUUUGUGGAGCACUACCGUGAUGUCUUCCGCAUUGCCUUCCCAGUGCGCGAGCACAGCAAGGCCAUGGCUGUGGAGCGGUGACUCUGGGGGUGGGGACCGAGGGAUAAUCAUGUGGCCUGGCCUGGAACACAGCUGUAGAAUCACGAAUAAAGAAAG